UUGUUUGCCACAUGUUCGCUAUCUAAGCGAAAUUGUAAACGCCGCAUGUCACACAUUUCGAUACAGAAAGGUCAAUUCUUAUCAUGAACCAGUGAAGAAUCCUUGCUAACGACCUAAUAGGACUAUGCUUGUUUUUGAAUUUCGAUUAUUCAUUUUACGUGCAUUACUAACUUGCGGAAUCUGUGUUACCACCUGUGAAGCAGAUGUACCAUGUGCAUGCUCCAUUAACACAGAGGUGGCUGUUUACGAACUGGACUACGAUAAGUCCUUGGUUAUUGGACAUAUUCUUAAACAUGAGUGCAAACCUCAGAUACAUAUUCAUACAAGCAAAAUAGACAGUGGAUGGAUAGCUGUCAUUAUGGAUCAAAAGGUUGGGUUUGUUCAGAAUAGUCCAAACGUAGUCGAAAAAUCUUGCAUGGUAGCCAAAAAUGCGUAUGACGGAUAUCUUUGUCCACACACCGGUCAAUUGAUGACGAACGCUAGUCAAACCGGCAAUUGCUACGAAUUUGUGGACAUAUUAAAAGAACCACGUGAUUUAGCGGAAACAUACUGCAAACUGAACCAGGGUCAUCUGCUCUCCGUUACAUCCGUUAACGAGCUCGAAUUUGUUUUCUCAAUUGCCCCAAAGAAUGCUUCUGUGAGCACGCAGUUUUGGACAGGGUUUUCUACAAUACAGUCAAACAGCAGCUGGAGUGAUGGAUCGGACACGAGUUUCCUGAUGUCAAUGCACCGAAAUCUAAGCAAUAAUAUCACCAAUCCGAGUAUUUGCACUGUGUACGAAGCUUCGGGCAGAGAUGGGGUCUGGACCGAUAGUAACUGUGCCACACCACAUGGCUUCAUCUGCAAAUAUGUACACACAAACUUGACGAUUUCGUCAUACGAUGCAACGAAAACCCCUAACAGUAUUCAGCCUUCUCCAGCAUCAUCUUGCAAACAAGUUUUUGGUAACUCUCAGGUUUAA